AUGGCCGCGCUCGGUGUUUGGGGCUCCAGGCUCCUCCUUCUUGGGGUCCCCAGACACUUCCACAGCAGCCCGGGGAAGUCCUCCAGCAGGGUGGCCGUGGUUCUGUCCGGGUGCGGAGUGUACGAUGGAACCGAGAUCCACGAGGCCUCCGCUAUUCUUGUCCAUCUGAGCCGCGCGGGGGCCGAGGUGAAGAUGUUUGCUCCGGAUAUCCCUCAGAUGCACGUCAUCGAUCACAGCAAGGGAGAGCCGAGCCAGGAGAGCAGGAACGUGUUGGUGGAGUCGGCCCGCCUGGCUCGCGGUGACAUCGCGGCAUUGUCUAAGCUGAGCGCUGAGGAUCACGACGCCGUCAUAUUCCCCGGAGGCUUCGGAGCAGCCAAGAACCUCUCCUCCUUUGCGGUGGACGGGGAGUCGUGCAGCGUGCACAGCGAGGUGGAGCGCGUUCUCCAGGACUUCAGGAAAGCAGAGAAGCCAAUCGGGCUGUGCUGUAUCGCUCCGGUCCUCGCGGUGAAGGUGAUCCCCGGGGUGGAGGUGACGGUGGGACAGGAGGAAGAUCGCGGAGGAAAAUGGCCGCAUUGUGGAACCUCCAAAGCCAUCCAAGCCAUGGGAGGAAAGCACCGCGCCAGGGAGGUGCACAUAUCCUUCUGUGAUUGGGCCCCAUCCAGGGGGAGGGGGAGGUUCCCAGAGCUCAGGGAAAGGGCCAAUAUAUAUAAUGUGUCUCAGAGAUCAGGACACACG